AUGGCUUCAAUAAGAUCACUGACGAAACGACCUUUGAAUCUCAACGACAUAGUUGAUGCAUUACACAAUAUAGAUUCUGAUGACGAUCUGCCCAGUGAAAUUACCAUUUUUCCACCGCAAGAUCCAAAUAACGAAAUAACAGACGAAGAUUCUGGUGAUGAAGAAUUUGUGACAUUACAUAAUCUCCCAGGUUCCCAGCUAAGAGCUCCAGCAGAGAUUACUUAUGAUGAUACGUUUUCAAACAGUGACGAUUCUGAAAAUGAUUUAUCUUUGUCUGUGUUAGCAAAAAGAAUAAGCAAUACCAAUGAAUGCUUGCCAGAAGAUUUGUAUAUCUUCUACUUCUUGGAACAGAUAUCUUCUACUUCUUGCUCCACUCCAUCUAUAAGCUGUUCAUCGAGGAACAUCACUCUUAGUGUAAGCAAAACCCAACAGUAUACGUGGCGCAACAGGCACAAUCCAAGUGAAUUUACACAGUGGCGGGAUCGUGAGGGCCCAAAAAAUCUACAGUCAUCUUUGUACUACUAUGAGUGA